ACAAGCUUUCCAUAGGAUAACCCCCCCGGAAUGAGAGGUUUGUAUGGGGAGGUAGGCUGGUAGCGCACGCAUGAGGUGUGCACACGCCUGCGAGUGAGAGAGUUAGUGAGUUCGGUUCGGACGCGCUCACGCUGCCAAUACGCGCGUCCACAAGCGGCAAGCAAGCAAGAAGGACGCGUUUUGUUGCACCUCCUCUUCUCCAAACACGAACAAGUAGCAAAAGAUCCUCCUCUUACUGCAGGGGAUUAUUCUUUGCAUGGAUUAGCAGCAGUUCGGUUCUGGACGGAUGUGUUGCGCACUUGCAGAGGGGAGACCCACUUCGCCGAGCAGCAUCUCUUCUUCUUCUUCUGACUCUCUCCGCUCCACGUCGGGCUGCUGUCAUUUGGAAGGACGCCAGCCUUGCCGAACCUUGCAAGUUGGCUCCAAUAAAUUGUGACAUUGUCCGUCAGACAUCAAGAAAUCGAUCCUCAAAAAAAAAAAGAAAAAAAAGGAAAAGAGACGCGGAAUUUUAACGAUCCUCUUCCCUCCUCCUCCUCUUCCACCUCCUCCUGAUAAAUAUGCGAUCCGGCGUGUUUGGCUCGGCUCGGUCCAUCUUCAGCAUGCAGCAGGGACUGAUUCUUGCUGAUUUUUGAUUUUUUUUCUUCCUUUCUUGUCCAUGCAAGACCCGGAGUGGAAACAUGUCUGUCCACUUCUCUGAGAGGACCCCUGCUGUCAGAGAUGGCAUUCUGGUCCAGCACUUUCACCUCUAAAGUGCCCCGGAAGAUCUUGUUCAUGUUCACCCUCUCCCUGUCGGUCACCUACUUGUUCUACAGCUUGAUGAGCUGCUACAACUCGCUCCAGUUCCCGCUGCAGGACAACUUCGCCUACCAGGCUCGGCUGGCCACCGAGGAGACCACGUUGGUGAGGGACCAACUUUACUCCACCUCCUCCCAGGCCCAGUUCACCCACAGGAGCACGGUGGUGUCCAUCGUGCACCAGGAGGAAGAGGUGGUGGAUGAGGAGGAGGAGGAGGAGGAUCAUGCCAGGGCUGCAAGCUGGACCGGAACCCAGGCGACGUCCGCCACCGAGCCGAUGCGCCACCGGGCGGUCAGCACCACGGAGGGCGACCUGCGGGUGAACUGCACCUCGGAUUACGGCGAGAAGAAGCUCCCGCAAGCCAUCAUCAUUGGGGUGAAGAAAGGGGGGACCAGGGCGCUUCUGGAGGCUCUCAGGGUGCACCCGGACGUCAGAGCCGUAGGGAAUGAGCCGCACUUCUUCGACAGGAAUUAUGAGAAGGGUCUGGACUGGUACAGAGACCUGAUGCCUUCGACGCUGGAGGGGCAGAUCACCAUGGAGAAGACCCCCAGUUACUUCGUGACCAACCAUGCCCCCAAGCGCAUCCACACCAUGGCCAGGGACAUCAAGCUUAUUAUUGUGGUGCGAAAUCCCGUCACCAGAGCCAUUUCGGACUACACACAGACUCUGUCUAAGAAACCCGAGAUCCCAACCUUCGAGGUGCUAGCCUUUAAGAACCGGACUCUGGGUCUUAUAGAUGCCUCGUGGAGCGCUUUACGCAUCGGGAUAUACGCGCUGCACCUGGAGAGCUGGAUGCAAUACUUCCCUCUGUCCCAAAUGCACUUUGUCAGCGGGGAGCGGCUCAUCGUAGACCCGGCGGGCGAAAUGGCCAAAGUCCAGGACUUCUUGGGCCUCAAGAGGAUUGUCACGGACAAACACUUUUAUUUCAAUAAAACUAAAGGCUUCCCGUGUCUGAAGAAGCCUGAGGACAGCAGCACUCCGAGAUGCCUGGGCAAAUCCAAAGGGAGGACUCACCCCAAAAUCGAGCCAGACGUGAUUCGGCGGCUGCACAAGUUCUACAAGCCCUUUAACAUGAUGUUCUACCAAAUGACGGGACAAAACUUUCAGUGGGAGCUGGGGGAGGACGGGAUAUCUCCAGGUGCUCUGGUCUAGCAGAGCGAUGAAGACACACCAGCAGCCUUCUACUAAAAAAAAAAAAAAAAAAAAAAAAGAAAGAAAGGAAAAAAAAACCCACUAAACACUCCUGUUCUGUUCUGGUUUUCAGAGGGGACGCAUCACUCAAUCACAUCUGUGUCCAUUAGCUCGCUCUCCUUUCAGAACUAAUGUUGUUGACAAUGGCAGAUCAUUAUUGUACAUAUGAAAACAUAAAAUAUAUUUAUAUUUGUGAAAAGGAGAUGAUUUGUUUCUUUUCCAAGAAUGAAGAUGAAUUUUCUUCAACAACAUCCUGAUCUCUCUCACUCACACACACACACACACACACACACACACACACACACACAAAGAAGUUAUUAAGUGUCAAGGCAAAAAUGCAAUAUUUAUAAUAAACAACAACAAAUACUAAUGUAGGGAUGUAAAGUCACAAGCCAACACAUUUCAGGGUAUUUUUUUUGUCGAUGCAAGACCCCGUUAUUUUUCAGUAAUGUCAACCCAGCUGCUCUUUGAGGUAGCCUAGGUCGAAAAACGCACGAGAAGUUAAAUGUCUUUUUUACUAACACAGAGAGAUUAUUGCAGGGGAACCUCGGUUUUUGUCAAUAAAACCAAAACGUACAAAAACAAAAGCAAUUUUUUCCCCAAAUGUGUAACACGACUGGUUAAACGGCAACCUACCAGAAAAGUCAUUCAUAGCUGUCUUCAUCUUCCUCCUCAGCACUAAAACCACUGAAGUCGUCUUCUUCCGUGUCAGAAUUGAACAGCCUCAUAAUUCCUUCGCCACACACUCGAGGCAAAUUAGCCCUUGAGCUUGUGCUGUCCUCUUCAUCAAGCAGGAGUACAGCCUUUUGAAAACCCGUUGGUGAUAGUGGAUUUUUGUAUGAGAUGUCGCAAGAUUAGAAUGUGACCAUAAAUUAGCCGCAUCACUGUAUAAGCCGUAGGAUUCAAAGUGUGAGAAAAAAAGGAGCAGCUUCUACACCAGAAACGAUGGUAAAUGUGGUAACAGUGUCAAAGCACUUUGAGUACCUUGAAAGUACAAAAGCACCAUACAAGUGAAAGUCCAUUUACUUUACUUUUGCGGAAUGCUACAGUACGAUACAGGGCAAUGUUUAUUAAGUUUAUUGCGUGCAAUGCUGACCAAAAGCCGAGAGUGCACGUAAACCAAGGCGAAAUUGUAGCAAAAAGCGAAUUAUACGAAAACAGAGGUUUGGCUGUAAUUAUUAGUAUGCUCUUUUCGAAAGAGAAGAAAGGGAGCCCUACUUAAUUUGACUGUGCUUUUACACUUGAAUGUAGCUGAGGUCAAACAUUGAACACAUUUAUUUUCAGUGUGAUGCCUGUGGCCACCUUAUUUAAACCUCCAGAGAUUUCAAUUCAACCCCAAUGCAAGAACCAAAGCGAUUUUGAAAGCUAUCACACGAGAUGGCAAAAGGUCAUGAAAUUAGCUGUCUCCUGUCCACAAGUCCAACUUAUUUCUACUUAAAGUAUCCUUACCUUCUUGUGUUCUACUCUUUGCAGCCAUGACAGCCUACGCUCUCGGUUCCAUCCUGCAAAAGAAAGGCUUAUAAGAGUUUUAUGAUGAAGACUAACCCUUUCACACAUCCAACGACCUUGUUGUUUACCAAAGUGUUAAUGCACGCGCUAUUCUUGCCGCUCCGCACUCAUUAGCUUCGCCCAUACUGAGUAGGAGAGGGCUGAUGUAUCGUGAGCAUUAGCUGAUAAUUGGAGUCUUUCUGCAUAGUCGACAUUAGCAUACUGAUGACCGCGCACGAGAUGCGACGCGAGGCAAAACUACAAAUUGACGUUCUCCUUUAGUAACUCUGUGUGGAUGUGAUUGUUGAGAGACGCCAAACGCCACAAAAUGCACUUGAGGGAUGAUCUCAUUCCAACAUACGCACUGUGAAAAUAUGCCCCCUAGUGGCUGAUAGCUGUUGGACCUCAAUGAAUUUCCGUCGAAUGUGAACAUAAAAAAAGUUGUCUGGCGAUAUGCUGAAGGCUAGUGAGAAUACCAACUACAAACCACUUUUAAAAUUUGACGAUACAACUACACACUGAGAAGAUGUAGCGGUUUAUCUCAGCAACACUUUCCAUAGAGAACAGUUGGGAGAAAUGAUGACGUUAAGGAUAACUGAUACAUUUUUCCACACAGUCGCCCGUUUUCUCGAAAGCCCCGUUUCUGUCAAGCAGUACUGGUUGCUUCAGUCGGUUAUAUUUCUAAAUUCUGGGAGGAUUUCCAUUGUAAACAUCCAAACAUAUCCCAACUUUUCAGCAUGCUUUCAUUGGGGUACCAACGCAUGGUUUGCUUCAGCGACGUGCUGUCAGGGGAGGCAGGUGAGACUAACAAAUAACAUAAAAUAAAUACAGUGGAACCUUUGUUAAUUCAUUCCAGAAGGUUCAACUCUAACCGAAAAAGACGUCAACCGAAUACAUUUUCUCCCAUAAGACAUCAUGUAAAUCCAAUUAAUCUGUUCUAAAAAGCCAAAAAUGUAAACAAACACGUUUUUAUAGUUUUACAAUUACAGUUUUACAUGCAGAAAACAAUUCAGAAUGCAUAUAAAUCCAUAUAAAUGAUGAAUGAAGGGGAUAAAUCAACUUUUAAGGUCACUUACCGUCGUUGAAGACAUGAUUCUUGACGUGACUGAAAACAGGAAGGUGGUGGUGGCUGAUCUCGCUGCCACAUAGUGUCUUUGGGAACAGUCACGUCUUCAAUGAAGGUAAAAUUAACCUUAAAUGUUGGUUUGUCCCUAUCAUUCAUCAGUUAUUUGCAUUUAAAAUUGUUAAGCAUGUAAAACCAUAAGUAAAUGCUAAUAAUGCAUAAAUGCUGAUGACAUAGACAUGCUGACCUCCGGUUCCGGUUACCAUUUUGUUCAGCUAGGAUGCUAACAAGGAAGGAUGUUUUGUGAUUUAAAAAAAAAAAAAAAAAAACAUUAAAACACAGUUGGUCUCGGGCAUAAGACAAGACACGUGCCAUAUUGCAUGCUAACCUGAGUAUGCACGCAAACCGAGGCAUGUGGCGUCAUUUUUGUUAUGUUAACCAAAAAACAUGCUAACAGAGGUUCCACUGUAUUACGAUUUGUGCGUUGAACUGUGUUAUGAAUGUAUUUCCUGUAAGAUUCUCAGUCAUUUUUAACAUUUUUCUGCAGUAAAAAUUGCUGAAAUUCCACAUUUCCUGAUCAGCGUUGCAGGAGAACAUUUUUUAUACACAAUGACAUUCUAAAACCUGUGAAAUGUCUGUAUUUUUGCUAAUCAGACAAUAAAACACACGGAAAUGUCAUGCGGGAGGGCGCUGCAGUACUAUCCACGUGCGUGAGCUGGAAGGUGCUUGUCGCCGCCGUCCUUCCAUAGAGAGGAAAAGCCAGCGAUUUGGGUAUUUUUAAAGCUAAACUUCGCAACAAGUCAAACACACUACAGAUAUGUUUAUGCUCUGCUGUGUGAAUGAAUGAAUUUGACUGUCAAGAUGGAGGAUUAUACACCCAAGCUCAACAGAAGACGAGCAGACUAUCAGACGUGUUGAUGGAUAGGCAUAGGGCGCAUGUACUUCAUAUGCAAAAAAAAAAAAAAAAGGUAAGACCACAAAUGUUUUUCAGUUUAUACAAAAAUGUAUUUGAAAAAGUUUUAAACGUUUUAUUUUUCUCGUUAUCCUCUUAAUGAGCAACCUGUAGUAACAUAAAAAAUAUGGUGGAAAGUUGUAGAGUGCUUAUUAACGUGGGUAAAAAUGUCACACAUUCAUCUCAACAAGCCAUCCACUAUUAAGUGUACCUGACUAUUUUGCAUCUUUUCAAAAGAGAAAACCGCCUGCUAAACGCCACCGUUCCACCUCGUGACCCUUCUCGAGUCAGAGUGCCGCGUGAGGGUGAAGAGCGCCACCGAAGGGUUUGUUAACAAACAUCUGCUGCCACACUCUCCUCUGUCGUUAGAGAUUAAUGGCUUGUUAAAUAAGCUGCUGCUGCUGGAACACUCUGGCAAAGUCAGGGUGUGUUUGCUGUCAAAGGAAGCAAAAUACUCUACAUGCCACGUUGUUACUUUGCUGUCACCGUGUCCUGGUGCAAACAAAAAGUUCACCAUGAGACUUUGCAAAUGACAAAUGGAACAGCACCCUUCACCAGGGCCCAUUAAUCCUAAUCUCUUGCAUGUUGUAUACCUUCGUAGAUAACAUGGAACACUAGUUUUUAUGCUUGCAUUUUGCCUUUAAGAUUCAGCCAUUAGUCACUGAAAUGUUAUGAAAAAAUGCUGGAACAGAAAAUGAAACAAAAAAACCUCUCUAUAUGGACACAGACAAAAAAUAAUGGGUUUUUCCUUGGCCCAAGCCUAAAAAUGAGUAAUGAGUAAAAAAAAACUAUAAACACAGUACAGUCGCCGCAUCGCGGUUUGGAUUUCGCGGCUUCACUGAUGGACGGUUUUUCAAAAAGGUACAUAAAUAAAUAAAUCAUAAAUCAUUUUUUUUGCCUAAACUUGGCAUUUUCAAGUAUAUUAAUGGCUUAAUGAACUAAAAUACAAAUCUAAGGCAUUCAGAAGAUGCAUUCAAAUUGUGAUAUGUAGUAUUCUACACUGGUCACUAGAUGUCAGUAAUGUUAAUUUAAUGUUCGCUGUUAGUGAAACGUACAAGAGCCUGACUUGGAUCACCAGAGCAACAUGCUUUUAUUUCAGGUUUGAAUUAUCUCACAACAGGCACAAUAAUAGGAAAAGAAUAAUAAUCAUCAUAAUAACAGGGGCUACUAUUGCAGCUGUCACCUAUGCAGAGCUAAAACUCAACUCUGAACCCCUGACGUCACUUCCUGUCCUCCACACAUUCCGAACACAUUUAUCACAAAACACACAAGCAUGAGUUUUAUUUAUAUAUACUUAUAUUUAUUUAUAUGUACUAUAUUGAGUAAUACGAGCAUAAUGGUGACUAUAGGGGUGUUCUUUCAUGUCUUGAGGGCUCUAAUGUUAAAAACAACAACAAAAAAAACGUAUUCAGAAGGUCGUAAACAUGUUUCCUAUGCUCAAACUAUGAAAAUAUUCCAUUCAUAAAGAAGGAAUCUUACUUUGCAGCAAUUCACUUAUCAUGGUCAGGUCUGGAAUCCAUUAAUCGUGAUAAACGAGGGAUUACUGUACACGAAAAAAAAGUCAGUGUGCCAGAAAGACAAGACAGGUUAUAUAUUUUGAACUGACUUCUUGUAACACGGAAUUGGGUGAUGUUCCUGCGCCAAUUUUAACGCCUUUGGAGGCCGUAUCAGUGCCGUAAAUAAUAUACACCAUAAAUACAUAAAAUAAUGAAAUCCAUAACUUCAAUAAAAUAAGAUAUAAAUAAAUAAAUACGUCAUAACUGGACACUAGCUUCUUCUGCCAGCUGUGUUGACAAGGGAUUGUCGAUGGUAUAAGUCACGUCAUAGCGCUGACCUUGUUAUGUAGCAAAUUCAAAGUUUCGGAUCUGAUGAGUCAAUUUUGACAGACCUGUGUGUGAAAACGUCUUUUUUUUUUUUUUUUUUUUUUUUUACCCUCACACUACGCACCACAUCCCUCCCAUUUUGGCAUUAUUGUGCUAAGAAAGGAACGGCAAAGAAGACUUUUACUAUGACUUCACUUUCAUUACUCUGCAUAACUGGCCGCAGGUCCGUUGUCUCUCGGACUUUCAUCACCAGAGACAAUCAAUACGUCCAACGAGUCAAUAAAUAAGUCGGCCACAGAUCACUGGUUGCCACAGCUAUGAUGCAUGACUCAGUUAAUCCUGCCAAGGAUGGCUGGAUCUGCACUGGCUCUCUGCAGACCACUCAGUCACCCUGGGAAGGCUGGCACCGCCACCUACUUACACGGUGCGAUUGAUUUCCAUCAAGGCGAGCGCCACACUGCCCUUUGUAGCGCCAACCUUGAACACUUACGAGCACGAGCCUCCCAAAGUCAACUUCUAACUUCUACUUACAAGGAAAGUGCCUUUUUCGCUGCCCCAUCGUUCCUGGACUUUCUCCUUGCAGGAUAAAUUAGCUCUCACCAAAAAUGCUGAUCAUUUAAUCCACUUUUCCACAAAUCCACAGCAAAGAGCGGCGUAUCUUCAAUCAAUUUUGUGUCAUUCCAGUGCACUUUUUCUGGUCCAAACAAGCAGCAUUUGAGUUACGUGACGUAAUAUCAGCAAAGCUGCCCAGUCAUGUCUUUACUUUAUGCAUAUGGUCUGUAUCUGCACAACAUUUGAUCUCAAGACAAAAACACCAGUGUGAACAGUAAGCCAACCGCACCAACGUGUGUAUUUUUGGUCCAGACCAGCCACAGAACUACAAAGAAGCCAUAAAGAAGCAUCCAUUUUCCCCUUGUGCACAAUGACUUUCAUUUGGGAGUUCAAACUUGGAUCCAAUCUGUCAAUAACACACACACACACACACACACACACACACACACACACACACACACUUCUUUUCUUCCUCCAAAGCUACCUCCUACUCGUUUGUUCACAGCCACAGAGUGCUGUGAUCCGUCCAGCGAGAGUUACAGUGCAUGAAAGGCAUGCUAAGUUGUCCUUGAACUGCUCCUCCCAGCGGGGAUCACACAGCGUUAUGUGGCUCAUCAGCGUCCCCGGCACGGCGUUAAGACAACGGCGAUGAUAAAUGAGCAUCUCCCGCUCGUCAAACUGUCACCGCCUUCCGUGGCGUCAUCCCGAGUGUUGAACUCACAUUUUGCCAUUUUCUGACGAGCGAGUCAUAUGGAGCCAAUUUCCAGUUUUAAGAAUCAAAGACUGAUCGAGUGUGGGGGCGGAUGGCCACAAGGACUGUGGUUACAAAUCCUGGGGCGACAAGCAGUGAUGCCAAACUGCUGGAGGCCCGGGCCCGCACUGCCCAUGCCCAGCUGGUAAGGGAAGAGCCAGCUCGGUUGGCAGCCUUUAAAAUCUCUCAUUUCUUGAGUGUGUUCUGCACUGGAGGAAUGACUUGAUGGAAAAGCCUUAUGUUUACAGAAAAUAAUAGUACUCUAAUACUCCAUUUGUCCUUCCUGCAGUUGCAUGCACUAGACAGAUUUUCUAAUCCAGUCAUCCCUCGUUUAUCGCAGUUGAUUGGUUUCAGACCCAACCAUGGUAAAAUGCAUUUCUGCGAAUUAGGAUUCCUUAUUCAUAAAUGGAAUAUUUUGGUAGUUAGAGCAUAGAAAACCUGUUUACAACCUUCUAAAUAUAUAGGACGCAGCAGUGGUAUGACACAGCGGCGGCGGUCCACCCUCCCAUGCAGCCCACCACCACAGAUUCCAAAAAAUCCUUGGGAAAACCCUGUUUCUACAUGCGUGAGUUUGGAAAUGUGUCCUAAAGUGGCCCCGCAUCCUUUGAUGUUUCAGUAUGUGGCCCAUUUCAUUUGUCAUUUUUAUUGAUUUCAUUGUUUUCUGUAUGUAAAACUAUAUAUUUUGGGGUGUCUGGAAUGAAUGAAUUGGAUUAUUAGAACGAAAACAGGUUUAACUGCAUUUGGUGUGGAAGGAUAUUUUUUUGUAGUAACAUAAAACAUAUAAGCAUAACAUAACAACACAAAGCACCUUUUCUCUCUGUAUGAUGCUGCUGAAGGGCGUGCAGUAAAGGCACACAAUGCGUGUUGUCAGGGACAAAUGCUUCGUCGCCUGAAUUUAUUCCAGUUCGACACUUGAAUGUAAAAGUCUCCAUUUUCCUCCGCUGAUUCAACCCGGUGACAUUUAAACAUAUUCAAGUGUCUUCCUCUCCGACGUGGAAAUUAUAUUCUGAGAUGAAUUCUAUACUCGCUCGGUGGCCAACAAUCACCACUUACCUGACAGUAAUUCCACCAAACAUCUUCAAACCGCUUCCUACGUCAACCGAUCGUUUUGCCGCUCCAUCUGAGUCAUCAGCAGAAGUGAUCACUUCGAAGGCGGCGGCCUCCGCACACGCUACAAAUGUCCUCUCCACUCUGCACUCCAAGUAUCAUCACAUACGUCUGCACCCUUGAGGUGAUGUUCCUUCAUCUUACAUGCACAACACAAGCGUCGAGUCAUCUUAAGUGUCUUUUUGAAAUAUGCAGAGAGGCAAAAUGGCGCCCACAUUUUCCCUUCUUUCAUUUGUGUUGUUUACGAGGCCUGUUAAUCCUUUUUUUUGUUGUUGCCGUGCGCCGCUAAUUAACGAGUGCCUAAUGCAGGUAUUGCAGGCUGUUUACAUCCGAAUGCCACAAUGAUGAUUUUAAAAGAAUUAUGACAGCCGACGUGGCCCGGGUGCUCGCUGAUAUCUAAUCACCAAUUAAACCGUAAUCACUGAGCGAUGAGCACGUUGAUACUGUAAACCAAUAAAUUAGGCAUACAUAAUUAAUGAUAUGAAACGGGCACGAAGAUUGCGGCGGCUUUUUCUCAAACCUGCAAUGCAAGCGAAUGAUAUUAACACAUUCAUCUUCCUCUGUCCCCUUUUCUUUUAUGUAAUAUGUAUGCGUCAUCAUCAUCAUCGCUGUCAACAACAGCAGCAGCAGCAUGUUUUGCACAAAUGAGUUCAAUUUAUUACGACUGAUGUUAUUUGUUGCCAUUUAAUGGCAACCUCAAAAGGUUAAAAGCAACAGUAAGGAAGAAUUGCACGUUAGUAAGGUUCCCCCUACAUUUGGGAAGUGUACUAUACUUAUAGUAAAUAGAAAUAGGCAUUAAAAGUAAAUACAAUCCCAUCAGAAGCAAAAGAAGUCAAGUUUACAAGCGCUGCACACAAGUCUUAGCACCAAAGCUAGUUCUCGGACAAGAAAGGUCUCCAGGCUGGCCCGUAGUAUCGCCUUGGCUCGGUUCUAUUCAGUUUUGGCCAGUCUGCACUUUAGAACAGAUCCAUCAUAACAAAACACGCUAAUAAAUAAAGGAUUUACGCAUUUACUUUAACGGUUGGCUUUUACCCAAGAGGAGACUGAGGGCAGCUGCAUACAAAGUGGAGACUGGACUAUAAUACUGCAGUGUCAUAAUGAGACAUGCCAACAAAUGAUAAAGAACAAGAGUUCUCUGUGUUUACUUUUCGACAUGCGGUUAGUGGUGAGGACAGCGCUCUUAUCCAAGAGGAGACUGUGGAGUAUAAUACUGAAUCGUCAUAAGGAGACACACCAACAAAUUAUGAAGAAUGAAGGUUUCCUGUAUUUACUUCUUGCCGCGGUUAUUGAGAGGAGACCCCUUUUAUCCAAGAGGAGACUGAGGGCCACAAGGAAAAUGACCACUGCAUGACUGUGGAAUAUAAUACUGCCGAGUUAUGUGACUUGCCAACUAAUUAUGAAGAUAGAGGCUUUCCUGUAUUUACUUCUCAACAUGUGGUUAUCAGUAAGGAGAGCUCUUUUAUUCAAGAGGAGACUGAAGAUAACAUCAAAAUGGACAACUGCAAUCAAAGUGGAGACUGGAGCAUAACACUGAAGCGUCACAACGAUACAGGCCAACAAAUUAUGAAGAAAGAGGAUUUCCUAUAUUUACUUCUCAACAUGUAGUUACUGGUGAGGAGAGCUCUUUUAUCCAAAAGGAGAGUGAGGGCUGCUACAUGAAAAGUGGAAACAAUGCUGCAGCAUCAUAACGGGGCACACCAAGAAAUUAUGAAAAACACGGGUUUCCUAUAUUUACUUCUCAACAUGUGGUUACUGGUGAGGAGAGCUGUUUUAUCCAAGAGGAGACUGAGGGCAGCCGCAUACAAAGUAGAGACUCAGGAGUAUAAUACUGAAGCGUCUUAACGAGACAUGCCAACAAAUUAUGAAAAACGAGGGUUUCCUACGUUUACUUCUCGACAUGUGGUUAUUGAAAAGGUGACCACUUUUAUCCUAGAGGAGACUGUGGGCAGCUGUAUGCAAAGUGGAGACUGUGGAGUAUAAUAUAUAAUAAUAAUCGUCAUGAUGUUACACGGCAACAAAUUAUGAAAAACGGAGGUCUCCUGUAUUUACUUCUCGAUGGGUUUAUUGGUAAUGGAGAUCUUUUAUUCAAGAGGAGACUAUGGAAAGUAAAAAAAAAAACAAAAAAACACGGACAGCUGCAUGCAAAGUGGAGACUGUGUGGUACAAUACUGCAGCGUAAAAUAGUUGAGAACGAAAGCCUCCAGUAUUUACUUGGAUGGUUGAUAACAGACCCCUUUUAUUCAAGGGGAUACCGAGGGCUAUGAAACACUGGACGGCUGCAGCAUAGCGGAGACUGUGGAGUAUAAUACAGCAGCGUUCACAGCUACGACACAGCAACAUUAAUGACUUAAGUCAUUGCAUAAAUUUAGGCCAUGCAAAUCCACAAUUAGAAGCUGAACUGUGUCAGGGUUCGAGCUCCACUAAAUCAAUUCGAAAAUGAAACUUUUAUGUCACAUAAUUCAAACGCGUUUGUCUAAAAAAGAAAUCAUAUUCCUGGCCUAGGGGGAAAUGUUUGCUCAUGCCAUAAUUUAUAGAUUGAGAAGCAGAUCAAGGUCUUUUGUGUGCAUUUAAUUGUGCGAGGCGACUACAUUAUCAUUUUAAAGAGUGUGGCUCGUCUGUUUAGAUCAGCUCUUUAGGGCUGCGCGAUAGCUCCACACAUGGCACGUUUGACACUCAUAAGGACGCCGUCGAUACGGGAAUACAAAUGAGAGCAAACGUACACAGCGGUGUGGAAAUGUGUUGUGUGAUAACAUCAUGAGAGCCACCACAGAAUGGCUAAUGAGGAACCGACGCCCAAGAAAGAAGGAGCGGAAGACAAAAGCAUACGCAAACGGAUCGUGUGUUUUCUAAUAAAAAUCUGACAUCUUACUCUGGUCUGAAAUCAUUUUCUCCAGAUUUUCACGGCCAUCAGUCGUAUUGCUCAUCUCCUUCAGGGCCAGAGUCCUGCGGGUGUUUGAACCUCCCUGACAUCGUGCAGACAGGCAUCUGCUCUUUGUCUACUUGGCACCGAGAGGUGCACAUAAACUAUGUAGAAAGAUCAGACAGAGGUCCCAAAAGCUGGAGGACGCCACUCCUCCAGGAUGGAGGGUACAAGCUGGGGGAACCAAAAGCUUUUUCACCAGCCGUUUUUAGAAGACAACUUCAAGACAACUUCAAGGCUUUGUCUUUAUGAAAAAGCAGUACCAAAAACCUAAUCCUGUUUACUUCCUUGUAUACAUACACACACCGCCCAAAAUGGGACCGCGGCCCGUUGCACAAAACUUGGAUAAGGGAUUAAACCGGGAUAUCUUGGUCAUCCUGCCUCAACUUAUCCAUGAUCCAGUUGCACAAAAGUGGGAUAGUGGAAAGUGGGAUAUGUCCUGACAUAAGUUCCCACGGAUAGGUAUUCUGUGGAGUUAGCCUGCUCCAGACCAGGCUCAGUCUAGUCCAGGAUCUAUUUCAUCUCACCCCUUAAUCUCAGUCAGCACCCACUGUCAUUAUUUCAACAUUUGUCAUUAUUCAUUUCAAUUAUUGUAGAUAAAUGAUUUUAGAUGAUGUUGCUAUCAUUAAAUCACUUGCUAUAAUAUACAGUCUCCCACAUACGAUAUAUAAAAUACACAAAUACAAAUACAAGAUAAGAGUUAUAGUCAUUUACACAAUUUCACUCACAUCUGCAGUCAAUUUCACCUUCAAUUUCAACAGAUCCAUAUAUAUACACAGUCAAACCUGUCUUAGCAGCCACCUGUAUAGAACGGCCACCUGCCUAUAGCGGCCGCUGAAAAAUCCCCCGCAGAAAAUUUACGUGUUAUAGGCCCUGUUUAUAGCGGCCAGCGGCCACCCAUUUUGUAUCCCUUGGUCAAUAUCUGACCGCAUAUAGCGGCCAAAAUGCCGACUCAAGCAGAAGCUUCAUGCACGAAAAAGUUUUAAGCAAUGAAGCCAUCGUGUGUAGAUUUAAAAUAUUAUGCUAAUUUGGGAAAAUAGUUCUAAUAUAUUGUGUGUACUGUACUGACAAGUAUUACACACCAUUUUGAUAAUGAUGUAGUGCACCACUGCAAAGUACAGCCAGAAUAAGAAAAAUUGU